CAGUGGUUUUGACUCCUUUCGUCUUCCGCAGCCUUCUCCGAUUCUUAUCAGUCUCUGGCCGCCGCACAUUCGCAAGGAAAUUGCAGCACAUUAUCCGGCGGCUCGUUUCAGGCCCAGGCACAAGAAAGUGUCCGGAAGCUUCAAUACGAUUUUUUUUCGAGGUCAUUCCAACAAAACCUUUUGUAAGGUCCCAAGCCAUUAUUCCUUUGCAAAUUGAUUUCUUGGGACAUAAAUAAUGAAUUUACAAAAGCAAACAGAAAUUGUUGCAUUGAAUGACUCCAUCAGCAAUUUGGAACUCACCGCGUCAAAGAAGGGUAUCAGUGCUAGCUCAGUAGAAGGAGACAAUGGAAUCCAAAUCACGUGCUUCUCUGAAGUUUCCCAUGAUGAUGUCAAUCUCCAUUUCCAAAUCAUCUGCCUUCCUAAACAGAUAUAUGUAUGGAUAGGCUGCAACACUGCAAAGUUUGGACACCUGUAUGCAGCUGGACCUUCACUCUCUAACAGUGCGGUUGCUGUUACUUGCUUACUUGGAGGAACAUCUGAUAAUACUGGAUCUGGAAUUGCACGUCGGUUGGUUAUAAAGACUGGCCUCAAUAUAAUAGUGGCUUGUAAUAUCCCUAAAAAUAGCCCCAUGCUUGAGGCAGAAGCAGAGAAAAAGUUGAUGGAGAAGCUUAUAAGUCUAGGUUACGCCAAGCCGAGAUCUCAAGCACUCUCUUCACAGUGAAUGAAAUAAAUGGUAUUAUUGUGCCAUGCUUUUCGAAGCUUUCCCAGCAUAGAACGUAUGUCUAUUGUCACUAACGGCUGUGAUCACAUUUUUUUCAAGUCAAUCUUUCUACCACUUUUUUAUAUACUCCGUAUUUGAUAAUACAUGCUGGUUUGCAAGAAACAAAUUCUGCAUUU